AUGUAUCAAUUCAGUGAAAGUCCCGAAUAUUCUGAUCCAGACGAAGACUAUGGAGUUUACGAUGAAAAGGUUUUGACUGCACGUAGUCUGCUUCGCUCGCUCCAGGAUUCCUUUACGAUUCCAACUCAACAACCCAGCCUGGAUGACACCAUAUCUCGACUAGCUGAACAACAGUCUGCAUUUUUUAAUCAAUUUUCUACUGCUUCGAUUCCAGCACCACAAGCAAAAGACGAUUUGCCUAAAAUUACCAUCCCGCCUUUCACCGGCCUGUACAAAGACUGGCCGCCAUUCAAGGACUUAUUCACCAGUGCAAUUGCAUCGAAACAUAACCUCACUAAUACACAAAAGUUUCAUCAUCUCAAAUCGUUGCUAAGGGAUGACGCUGCGCAAAUUAUCAAACACAUUCCGGUAACUGAGGCGUCUUACGAAACGGCGUGGAACAGAUUAAGCGAACGUUUUGAUCGCCCACGCCAUAUAGUUGCUUCAUUUAUUGAGAACUUUAUGGCACUUCCCUGUGCAUCAGGCGAAAAUUCUACAAUUCUUCGUAAAACAUCAGACGGAGCAAACGAGGUUAUCAGGGGUCUACAUGCCAUAUCCCAUGACGAUCGCGACUGCUGGCUUAUUCACCUUCUCCUAGCCAAGCUAGACUCAGAGUCCCGACGAAAGUGGAUUGAAUCUAGUAAGAAGCUCGAAGCACCUACCAUAACCGAAUUUUGUAAAUUCCUUGAUUCUCAUUGCGAAGAAUUAGAAUUGGCGCAACAUAAGACGCAAUCCGCACGCCUUCGCAACUCUGCAACUCGGGUCCUAGUUUCAACUAACGGGGCGGCCUCAAAGCCAGGCUGUCCUAAAUGUAAUGGCACAGAUCAUUGUCUUAUGAAGUGUCCAGCAUUCUUAUCCUUGAACACAGAUGACCGGCGAGCUAUAGCCAAGGGUAAAUUGCUGUGCUUCAAUUGUCUGAAGACAGGACACUCGACAUCAACAUGCAGUUCUAAAUUCAAUUGUAAAGUAUGUAAUCGACGCCACCACACACUCCUACAUGGCCCACAGUCGGCCGCAGGUACAGCGGCUCGAGCAGGUCAAGAGAGCUCUUCUGGUGCAAGCGGAAUCGACAAUGGUACGCCAUGGUCCGUAUCUCACAUCGCACGCUCAUUGACAUCGACACCAGCUGACACCCACACACGUCAGCUAGCACCGCUUCGUAAGGGAUCGACAGCCUUGCUGCCCACAGCCAUAGUCAACGUUCAAAGUGCCCACGGUGGUUUUUUGAAAUGUCGAGUACUUCUGGACACCGCAUCAGAACUAUCGUACAUCACCGAGCGCUGUGUCCAGAGGCUUGGCAUUCCGCGCUCUGCUGGUCGCAUCGCUGUAUCUGGUAUAUCGUCCUCAAAGGGUGAAACCACUAGAGGCUGUUGCUCGCUGGUACUUAAGUCUCUCGCGUCGAACAACGUCUUAAACGUGUCUGCGUAUAUACUCAGCAACAUCACAUCAUCUCUUCCCACAAAACUAAUUCCUGCAUCAGAAGUCGAGCAGCUUAAGCACGUUAUGCUCUCGGAUCCAACAUUCCAGACACCCGGAUCGGUCGACAUUCUUUUAGGUGCAACUUAUGUCUGGAAGGUUUUCACCUGUAACAAAAUGUUAGACUCAAUGGGAGAUCCUGUGGCAGUUUCCUCAAUUUUUGGAUGGGUGGUCACUUCAGCAAUCGACGGGGUGGGUUUAGCGGAUUCCACCCAAGCUCUGCACACCAUAUCCGAUGUUGAUAACUUUCUCCGAAAUUUCUGGGAAAUUGAGGAACCCUGCCAAACUCAACUAAUGGAUUCCGACGACGUAACCGUAGAAGAGCACUUUCAACGCACGCAUACGCGUCAUAGCGACGGUAAAUACAUUGUAGAGCUACCAUUUAAGAUGAAGGCACCGCGGUUUGCGGAGACAUUAUCGGGCGCUCUUUCACGUUUUCACGCCGUCGAGCGUCGUCUACAGAAAAACGAAUCUCUUCGACUACAAUAUGUUAAAUUUAUGCGGGAAUAUGAGGCACUGGGCCACAUGCGACAGCUAAUGCCUCACGAAAUCGACACUUCUAAUGGGCAGGUUUUCUACUUGCCACACCAUCCAGUCGUUGGUAAAAAACUUCGGGUGGUGUUCGACGGAUCGUUUGCAGACAGCAGUGGAGUUGCUAUUAAUAGCAUUUUGCACAUCGGUCCUAGCAUUCAGCGCAAUUUGUUUUCCGUAUGCUUGCGAUUCAGGAUGCACCGAUAUGUGUUCUCGGCAGACAUUGUAAAAAUGUUCCGACAGAUAUGGGUCGCCGAACAUCAUCGAAACUACCAAAGGAUAGUGUGGAGGGAGAGUCUUGCUGAUCCCAUAAGACACUUCCAAUUAUGCACGGUUACGUAUGGUACAGCUUGCGCCCCAUAUCUAUCUGUCAGGGUACUACAGCAAUUAGCAGAGGACUAUAAGCAUCAAUUCCCACACGCAAGCUCAAUCGUACUUGAUGACUUUUAUGUCGACGAUGUUCUCACGGGUGCCGACUCCGAACAGGAACUCAUUGAAAGGCGGGAGGAGCUUGUGAAAAUGAUGGCUGGUGCUGGACUGGAACUCCGAAAGUGGGUAUCCAACUGCCGGGGCAUAUGCAAAGACGAUGACGCGCAACACACGCUGGGUAAAGACGCCACAAAGGUUCUCGGAUUGCUAUGGAGGGCGAAUGACGAUAUACUUACAUACCAAACUCGCGCGCCUAGUAUGCGCACUUCCAGCAAGAGGCAGGUACUUUCCGACGCAUCCCGUAUCUUCGAUCCUUUAGGAUUACUGUCACCAGUGACGGUGCAAUUCAAAAUUCUUUUCCAGGAGUUGUGGUUACACAAGCUAGGCUGGGAUGAUCCUUUGCCAACGCAUCUAGCAGAGCGCUGGCUGAAGUACCAAGCUGAUAUUCACCAUAUCACAAGCCUGGCGCUACCUCGGUUCACGCCGAACUCUACGACGCACUUGGAGCUCCACGGGUUCUCGGAUGCCUCAAUAAAGGCGUACGCUGGUGCUGUGUACUGCCGCUUCAAGGGUCCAGAUAACACGUUCACGAUAUCUUUGAUGGCCGCCAAGACACGAGUGGCACCUCUGAAGCAGAUCUCGCUGCCACGGUUGGAGCUGUGCGGCGCUCUAUUGCUGACACGGCUAAUGAAGACAAUCCUAAACGUGCUGCCGCAUAAAUCUAUAACAACGUACGCCUGGUGCGACUCAACCGUUGUAUUGUCUUGGCUGUCUCAGCCUCCAGUAAGGCUGAAAACGUUUGUGGAAAAUCGAACUGCUGAGAUUUUGGAAACCUUGCCACGCAGCGUUUGGAGCCACGUCGAGUCGAAGGAAAAUCCAGCCGAUUGCGCGUCAAGAGGAUUGGCAGCCGCUGCAAUUUUGAAUUUCAAUCUCUGGUGGAAGGGGCCUCCUUGGCUUGGCGAUGAAGAGCGCACUCGUAAGCUGGUGUAUCAAACCAAUCAUCAGGAACUACACCAGAUCCCGGGGGCCAAUGUUGAGAUGAAGAGCAGUGUACGAAGUUUAGUGGCUACGGAAUCUCCACUUAGCAGUUUAUUCGACACAUUGAUGGAACGAUCGUCAUCAUGGCAGCGGCUCGUUCGAGUUAUAGCCUAUGUUCUACGCUUUAUUCGCAAUGCUCGGAAGACUUCACGCAGGUCUGACGCUAAAACACUUUCGUUCGAUGAAAUUAAGGAGGCGCGCAUCCUUUGGUUACAACAGGCUCAAAGCUGUUUCCAGGAAGACAUUCAGCAAUUAAAGUGA